UUAGGGAAGAUGGGCAAUCUGCUUUGUUGUGUGCAAGUUGAUCAAUCCAAAGUUGCAAUCAAGGAACAAUUUGGCAAGUUUGAGGAUGUCCUAGAACCUGGAUGCCACUUUGUCCCGUGGUGCCUUGGAAGUAAGAUAGCUGGCCAUCUCACGCUUCGUGUGCAGCAAUUGGAUGUGAGCUGUGAGACCAAGACAAAGGACAACGUCUUUGUCAAUGUUGUGGCAUCAAUUCAGUAUCGUGCUCUAGCUGAGAAAGCAAACGAUGCGUUUUACAAACUAAGCAACACUACGGGUCAGAUUCAGGCCUAUGUUUUUGAUGUAAUCAGGGCAAGUGUUCCUAAACUCAAUCUUGAUAAUGUUUUUGAGCAAAAAAAUGAAAUUGCUAAGGCUGUUGAGGAUGAACUAGAGAAGGCUAUGUCUACUUAUGGAUAUGAAAUUGUUCAGACUCUUAUUGUUGAUAUAGAACCAGAUGAGCGUGUUAAGAAAGCUAUGAAUGAAAUCAAUGCUGCUGCUAGGCUAAGGCAAGCUGCGAAUGAGAAGGCAGAGGCUGAGAAGAUUAUACAAAUUAAGAAGGCGGAGGGUGAGGCAGAGUCCAAGUACCUCGCGGGUUUGGGUAUUGCUCGCCAACGUCAGGCUAUUGUAGAUGGCCUUAGGGACAGUGUUCUCGGAUUCUCUGUCAAUGUCCCGGGAACCACAUCAAAGGAUGUUAUGGAGAUGAUUCUUGUCACCCAAUACUUCGACACAAUGAAGGAAAUUGGCGCAGCAAAUAAAUCAUCUGCCGUCUUCAUUCCCCAUGGACCAGGAGCUGUGAAUGAUGUGGCUAACCAGAUUCGUGAUGGGCUUCUUCAGGCUACCCAUACUGCCGAGCAUUAAAUGGUAUACUUUUUGACUACUUCAAGCUGGUUUAUGAACCUUGAAAGUCGUUGCCGUAUAUAUAAUGGUUUUGCUUUUGUUUAGCAUGAAUUUA